AUCUCAGAGGUUUGUGAAAGAAGUGCGGAGUCGCUGCGGAGCUGAAGUUUGUCAUCGAUGUUCUGUGAUCCUGCCAACCCUGCCUCUUCAGGGACCUUUCAGUGGGCAUAACCCUGCCUCUACCGGUGACAGGACUCGAUUUUAGUGCCCAUUGAGCAACAUGGGGCCAUUUCACCCAACAGGCAUGGCAGGUCUCCAGCACACCAUUGGAAUGGACAGCCGUGAGGACUUCACAGAAGAGAGUGAAUGCUCCCAGCUCCAGGGCCAGGACAGUCUCUCAGAAGACAGUGACAGUGACCCAGACAACCACGAGGAAGAUUUAUCAUACGACGCCUCAGCUGACGACCCUAUUAUGAGCACACAGAGAGCACAGUGCCACCUGCAAAGAGCGGGAGUCAAAGAGGAGAGUUUGGAUGGUGGAGACCACAGCGCCUUUGCUUGUCCUCUCUGCUCACUGGACUUUGGCAGCCCUGAAAAACUAAUUUCUCAUGUCUACCAGCAUACAACCAUGAUGAGCAACAACAAGAGUUAUGUGUGUCCAGUGUGUGGGCGAGCCUUGAGUUCGCCGGGCUCUCUGGGAAGGCAUCUUCUCAUCCACUCAGAGGACCGCCUAUCCAACUGUGCUGUUUGCGGCACACGCUUCACAGACACCAACAACUUCAACAGGGAGAAGCUGAAAGAGGUUCUUGACACAAGCAAGUUUGAAGUGAGUGGAGGCAGGGAUGUGUGUUCUCUGUCCCUCUCCAGCAGUCCCAUGGGGAGCCCAAGCCCGGUGGGACGGUCCUGCCACGGCUCUGGUUCAGCGCCCUGUCAGCUUCCUCAGGGUCCAUGUGCUCCCUCAGACCAGGACCCUAAUCUAUGUCAGGGUCCAGACCACAUCUCCAGUCAAUGCCAAGGGCCCAGACCAUGUGCAGGCUCGGACCAGCCCUUCCCUUCACUGCCCGACAGUCUGCUCUCUGAAGGCCCAUCGCUGGUAUCAAUCCCUGAAGCUCUAACCUCCUCUACCUCUGGCCUUCCUCCCAUCCCUGAUAUUCUCAGUCCCAUGCCUGUUUAUCCAGCAGGAGUGCUGCUAGUGUGCAACAGCUGCGUCGCCUAUCAGCAGUUGGUAGACACUCAGUCACCAAUCAGAAAGUGGGCAUUACGAAGGAAGAAUGAACCUCUAGAAGCUCGUCUGCAGCGCUUAGAGCGGGAACGGACAGCUAAGAAGAACAAACGGGCCUGUGAAACUGAGGAAGAGAAGGAGUUGAGGAGGCUUCGUGACCGUGAGGCUAAGCGCAUGCAGAGGAUGCAAGAGACGGAUGAGCAGCGUGCACGAAGGCUGCAGCGAGACAGGGAGGCUAUGAGGGCCAAAAGAGCAAACGAGACACCAGAGAAAAGACAGGCCAGACUGAUACGUGAACGAGAGGCAAAGCGUAUCAAACGACGACUGGAGAAGAUUGACCCAGCUCUGAGAACACAGAUAGAGCAUGAUCCCGCAGCUAUGGCUGCCCUCACAGCAGACAUGAGCCUGUUCCAAUUCCCCUGUCCCAUGCCUGUCUCAUCCAUUGAUAAUGGUUUGUUCAUGAAGUUACCCUGAUUAGACCAGUCAGAAGACAGAUCAUCAUAAUCUCUGUCCCCCCCAAAAACAUUAUGAUCAUUCCCAGCUGCUUGUACAGCCAUCUUAAAUUGGCCUGCUUUGUCCUAAUGAGCAAAUUACCUUAAGUUUCUACUUUUUACACUUCAAACCUUAUGAACAGGGAUGGAUGUUUCAUGUUGAAUGGUAUUAUAGCAUGUUGUAAAGAGAUUUAUCUAUUCAGCUGUUGAUGAAAACAGGUACUUUUCAAGCUCAGCUACUGUAUAUUUUAUUUGUGAUUUUGCACAUAGACCGUCAGUGAUUGGACUGGAGAUGUUUUUGGCCCAAUUACUCUUUGGUCAACUCUGUUUGCUCAAUGUUUUGAGUUUAAUGGUGGUUGUACCUCUUUUCAAGCUGCCAACUUGGAUUCAACUUGGAAGACUACCUACCUCAGCUGGCACCAUGAGUGCACCCUCAUUCCUGUGGCUUACAACUCCAGGCUAUUCUCAGUACUGUACACUUAUUACACAAUGACACAAGAUGUUUAUUGUCGCCAAGGCACUUUUAUUUGCACAAAGGCAUUCAGAACAUUUAUGACAUAGUAACCAGGUUCACACAGGUUUAUUUAUGGUCUAUCAAGCACAUUAUCAGUGUUUAAAUCUUUUUUGUUUCUUUUCAACUGUCUGUGUUAAAUUUUUUGUAAUCUAAUUUGCCAAUGUUUUUACGGAGCUUUCAUUGGAGCAUCUCUGAAAACUCGGUAUGUGCUGCUAUUGCUGUUGCUGGACAGUACAUUCGUUACCUCAGCUCUUGCAUCAUAACUUUGGAACAGAGUGGUCAUAGGGGCACAAUUCACUGUUAUCUGCUAACAGGUAUGUUUGUAAAAUACUUGAAUUUAACUGUUUUUUCAUAUGGAAGUAAAUCAUAAUAUUGACAUGUAUGCAAUAUUUGUAGCUUUUUCCAUGUCAUGCAGACCUGUAGUAUUCAACCAGGAAAGUUAAUUCUGGGUUAGCUGCGUGAGCUUGGUAUAUGGCAUUGAGGUUUGUUUUCUAUCCCCAUUUGUUCAUUACACCCAGGGUUGUCAUAAUCAGUUAAUAUGAAAGAUUACAUUCAUCUCAGUCAUCCCAGCACCUAUUUAAGAUAUUUAAAAAGUUGAUAUUGUGUUAUAUUUGAGAUAUCUGACUGAAAUUAGUUGGUCUUUAUCAUAUUAAAAUCCAUAUUUUGGAUUGUCUUUCUUAUCUCACUUUUCCUGUACCUAGAGUUUAAACGACAUAUAUUGUUUUGGGGAAGUACAUGAUGCACAACCAAGCACAUAUUUAAAAGUCACUUCUAGGUAUGUCUUUAUCAAGCUUUGAAAUGGAUCAACUUCUAUGCAACAUACACAAUUUAUCAAUAGCGUCACAAAACUAUGCAGUAUGCAAGUUUACUUAUAAAAUAGUGUCAAAAGAUGAGCUUCUCAGGCAAUCUAACUCAGUUAAGAAUAUUAAGAGCCUUCUACAUUUUGAUCCAUCAUACUUCAUCAAUUAAGUCUGCUAUUAAUGUAAAGGGUAGUUGUAUUUCUUUUUUGUUUGUUGUACAAAGACAGGGUCUCACGUCACAUCAUACUGUGCCCAGAGCAGCAUUCAACAGUUUUGUGUAUCCUGACUAUGAAUACUGGGUAUUCUCUAAGGUUUUUACUUAUUGACUGCUGUGAUGCCGUUUUAUUAUAAAGUUUUGUCCUUUUGUUGACAGUUUGGGGGAAGUCCCAAACUCAUUGGUAUUAGACUUAAGGCACUGGGGCGGAACAGUUUUUUUCUUCAAAGCAGGGCCCUAAAUAUUUGGUAAGCACUGCAUGAUGUAAAACUGCAUUCCUCAAAUGUUCAGUAUGACUAUGUUCAAAUGUUUAUAUGCCUGCCUGUUUUACAGUGAACAAAAUGACAACACUAGCCUUUAAAAUUCA